AUGGAAAUGCGCCGGUACCCCAUAUAUGAUAUGCGCCGGUGCCGCCAUGUACUAUACUACUCGCCGAUGUUGCUUUAUUUUUAAUUCAUCGUGACGCAAAACAUAUUUUUGAUCAUUUUUAACUAGAAAUUUCUCAAACAAUACCUUUACUUGUCACCGCUCAAGGAUGGAAAUCAUAAUCUCAAAGACGCUCUAAGGCUGUUUCAGCAACGGUCUGAAAUCCCUGAGACAGGUCACCUGGAUGCUGCCACUAUCAAAGAAAUGCACAAACCAAGAUGCGGUGUCCCAGAUCUUGAUGAGGAAGAGAACUCAGAAUCUGGUAAAUACAGAAAUGAAACCCUGCAGUAAAGGCGACAAUUUUAGGCGAUCAUUCGGCUUCUAGCACUUCAUAUGCUUCUCUUGUGGUCUGUGCCGUUUUCUUUGUUUAUUUGUCUGUUUUUUAAUUUUGCCUAAUAUGACUGACAGAGAAUGUGGUAUAUUUAUGGCUUUUGCCUAAGAAUGCCAUAUUUAUUAUCCUGAAGCAUUAUAAAGACAGUCCACUCCUUCACUUUUUAGUGAAUAGAGACCUUAAGAUAUACCGUUUCCGUGUACAGGCGGAUACUGGUAAAUUAGCACUCCUUACAGUGGAGUUUUUUCUGGGGGAGUUAUUUUAACCCCAAAAAGUUAGUUUAAAGAACUCUUUUUCGGGAGUAAAAGUGAGCCCAGAUAUUGAGGAGUUAAAAGAACCCCAGAAAAGAAGUUAUCCUGUACCUAAAAUUUUUACUCCACUUUCAGAGUUAAAUUAACUCCAAAAAGAGUAAAAACAACCCAUGUAACGAGUAAAAGUAACCCCAUUUCGGAGUUAUUUUAACUGCAGACUGGGAGUAAAAAAAACUCUUUUUCAGGAGUAAAAAUGACCCCAAAUUCGGAGUUAAACUAAGUAGGAGUUAAAAUAACCCCAAAAAAGGGGUUAUCCUGUACCUAAAAAUUUCACUCCAUUUUUGGAGUUAUAAUAACUCCCUAAAAAUUACGGUGCACGUAGCCCUAAAUACGGGUAGAUUGCUCUUACGCGGGAGAAGCGGCUACUACCGCUUAGAGUGGGUUCCCCAUUAUCACAUCUAGGAAAUAAUGGUUGCCCUUUAUAAAACUGUGAGGUAAGCAUGUUCGCUUACCCGUACUCGUAGGUUGAAACGGUGUAUCUUAAGGUCACUAAUAACAGGAAACGUAAUACGUAUAUGCCGGCUUGAUAAUUUGAGUAAGGGACAAAACGUUAAAAGGAACAAUUUUCAUCACGGUCUUCUUCUUCUUACAAGUGUUCUCUUCUCAUAUCCCAAACUUUUUCUCUGUUCACGAUUUAAUCACCGAUCUUGUACCCACUGGUUUGUGAUAUAAUCACCUCGCGCUAUUAUAUAUAUUUUAUCGUCACCAAUCAAAUGGGUGCUAACAUAGUCUAUCUAUGAUAUAAUCCAUGACUCGAUGAUACUUGCAUUGUCCAACGCAGUGACUUUCAAACAUGAUGUUUUAGGAAGAGUUAAACGGUUUUCCGUUUCUGGGGACAAAUGGAAAAAAAGGAAUCUCACAUACAGCUUCCACAACUAUGCCUCAAAUGGAACGCUGAAUUCAACACAGCAGCGUAAAAUUUUCAGAAAGGCCUUUACACAGUGGCAAGAGAUCGGUCCUUUGUCCUUUGUAGAUGUUACAGAUAACGCUUCCCUCAGUAAUUCCUCCGAUAUCACAGUGUCGUAAGUUGACCUUUAUCUGGUUCAAUAAUUUUCUAGCCUACCCACAGAUUAUUUAACUUCUAUUUCUUUAUUCGCCGAGGACGACUAUUACUACGAGGAAACGUUUCACUUUCUUUUUCCGCAUAGGCCAUUCUCUCUUUUUUUUCUCCUUUUAGCAUAGUGCGACCGACCCAAAUUUUUGGCAUUUUCAAAAAAAAAAAGUAACGACGUAGUUAAACCAUUUUUCACUUGAAAUAAUUCUUUUAAUCUAUCUGAAAAAUGAUCAUAGUAACAGCAUAGAGAAAAACAGGAACAUUUUUUAAAGCAAAUUGUACAUUUUGAUAAUCCAAUUAUGUGAAAGUUAACUUUUAACAUCGUCCCAGGGUACCAGGGCCUCCUAUUCCGAGACUUCUUGUGAUUUUAUUUUAAGUUUUUUUUUUCGAUCCGACCGACCGGCCGGUGGCCAUAUUCUCAAAAAAAUCGACUCUGUGCAUUUUGUGCUCAAGAAGAAUGAUGAUAAAUGGUAAAACGUAUAUAACAUAACUUGUCAAAGCCACAACGACAUUCUCGCUGUGUGAUAGAAUGACGACGGCUAUAACGUUUUCCCGCCAAAAUUGACGCUGGUUCACGCGCACGACUCUGUAAAAAAAAAAUCUCGUCAUCGUAAUCGGCCCGUCAUUAAAAAAAGGUCUCUUUUAUCUUGGUUAAAUUUUCAUACUGUAGGUUUUUUACCCGUCAUCACAGUCCAUGUUCAUAUGAUUUCGAUGGCGAGAAUGGAGUAUUGGCUCAUUCAUUUUUUCCUGAAUCUGGAGACGCGCACUUUGAUGACGACGAGACCUUUACUGAUGGAGUUUCAACUGGGAAAAAUCUUUUCUCUGUUGCUCUUCAUGAGAUUGGCCAUCUUCUAGGGUUAAAGCAUUCCGUUAAAUCUGACGCCAUUAUGCAUGGAACAUACAAGCCCUAUAACCAAAAUAUGAAUCUCACGGACGACGAGAGACUUGGCAUCAACUUCAUAUAUAGUAAGUAACGACAGGUUGAUGUCACGCCAGCAUCAUCAUAGUGUCAUAAUUUUGUUUAAAACUUUCCCAAUGAAAAUGUGUCACGUUGUCACGACUGCGGAACACAUAUUCCACAGUCUCGUACACUAGGCUGGCAGCAGGCCCGUCUACAAUGGGGGGAGGGCGUGAGUGGCAUUGAACCGAUACACCCCCUCUAUAAUACAAAGAGUACUUUAUGUAAAGGAAUUUAAAAAACAACAGCAAAAACAAACAAACGAAUAGGCUUAAUGAGGUAUAUGAACAAACGCGAUUCAAACCUUUGCCCGGAUCUAGUGGAGAAUCUUUCCUUGUUAUAGGCCAUGGUGUAAGUUCGGCUGGUUUGAUAUGAAAUUGAGUGAACAGCUAACUUAUUAAACAUGAUAACAGAUCACAGCGAGUGAGCUUGUUGUUCCGAAAAGAAACUCGUUUCAGAGUUUAACUGCCCAUAGACAUACUGGGUCAGUUAUUUAAACGGAGUGUAGCCCGUGUGUAACAAAAACAGUGCCCUAAGCCAUUGCCAGUUUGCCCAACGCUUUUAUCUAAACACCAUUUAUCGCUAACAAUUUCCAAAAAGCAUUUAUUGCGGAGACUGGAAAAGAACUUAUUUUCUUACAUUAACCCACCAUAUUAAGAAAGGGAUUUGUAGGUCCAAUUAUUUCUUAAACCGCGCAGCCUAAGUGAGACUUUGUUUAAAUAACCGACCCAUUGAUUCUUUCUUUUUUCUUUGUCUCAGUAACUUCAGAAAAUUCAACAUCAAAUACAACAAGUGGUGAGUAUUGUAGUCCUCAGACUAAGAAUUGUUCAACAAACAGCGCUUACAGGAGCCCACUGCUCCUGACGCUCUGACCAAGGUAAAAAUGAGCGACAGUGAUAAAAAGGCGAACAUGAACACAUACGACAUUAUUUCGUCUACCAAACUUGUAACUAUAAGAAGUUUCACUUUGUAGUCGUGCAAAACAAGGGCAACAAAAUGCACAAAGGUGUGCUAGUUGCACGUUCAAAGGUUUUCCUGUUGUUAUUCACAAAACUAUCGGCAUGUUAACGAGAGCUUCGCUUUUUAGCCCCGGCUACUGAAAUCUGUAUUCAAAGUAGACAGACUGAAAAUUAUAGUAGUUGCCAAAAAAUAUAUCUACGUGUCCCAACUGUUCAUAAGUAGGAUGCCUAAAAAACGUGCAAUUCCACAAUUGGUUUCGGCCCCAUUAAAUCCUAUACCAAUUGCAGAACAUUUUAGAAGGAGCCACCCACCGUGUGAGCACAGUCGCGGACAACACAUAUAAGUGAGCAAAAUAACGCAAAGUAAAACUAAGACGUUAUUAAACGUACUAAAUGUACACGCAACUUAAAUAAAUAAAUAAGUAAAUAAAUAAAUAAUGCACGCGCCCAAAAUUAAAUUGCGCACGCACACGUACCAAUAUACAACUGAAAAAAUCCAAGUAAUAAAUAGGCAAAGUAAGGAUACUUACUUGCCAGAAUUUCUGAAUAUUUUACUUUACGUCGAGGAUAACCCUGUAUGAUUGUGUCGUUAAUGUUUAUAUUCAGCGGUAAUUUUUAAUUCGAAUCUGGACUAUUCUGACUUAUGGAAAGGCCACGUCCACACGUAUCCGAAUACUUUUGAAACCGCUACUUUUAUAUAGGAAUCAGCCCUCUGUCCACACGAAACCAGGGAACUUCCAUGAGCGACCACCUCUCGUAAGCCAUCUCUUAGCCAAAAUACCAAAACUUUCCCAGUCAAAGCCUUACAGUUGGAACCUCUACUAAACGACCACCUCCUGUAAGCGACCGCGACCACUUUUUGGGCCUGAAAGUUUAAUGAUUUUUUAAAUAUUUUUAACCUCUUGUAAGCGACGACUUGACGCAUUCUCUGAUCUCUAACUUCGCUGUGUGGACUGUGCUUCCUAGAAUAUACAAAGAGCUAAUUAGUAACGGCGUGGACCCAUACAUGGCGUAACUUAAAAAUUGUAUGCAAUAAUUAUUUUUCGCAAAGCAGAUGUGCCCGGACCUCUUCUUGGAAGAGGCGCCCCGUGGUUUGAUUCUUGUAAGCGACCACUUCCUCUAAGCGACCACUAAGACUUUGCAUUUUGGGUAGUCGCUUACGGGAGGUUCGACUGUAUUUUUUGAAACUGUCUUGCACAGCGGAUUCUUUUGGAGUCGACGGGUUUGGUGAAUUCGCGUGUGGAAGACUGAAACCGGAACUUUUUGACGUCAACUAUGUCAUGAACUCGGGUCUAGUCUUAAAUGAAAAUUUUCAAGUUCAAAAUGGUAGACAACCAUGUUUCUGUUUACAGCUCUCGCUCAUAUUGCCAGUCUUAUUGCAUGCUUUAAAAUAAAUUUUGCUGUUUUGACGACAUCAGUUCAAACUUCAAGACUUAAUUCAUACAGAUUGUGAAAUCGUUCAGUUCGAGACAAAGUCGUGUAAAACGCCUUCAGUCUGAACCUCUUUGAAAGAAGAUUUAGGGUUCGCCCAGGGUAAACAAGUGCCUGGCGCCGACGGUACAGGCAGGCCUGGCCAUUAUGCUCGAUAGUGGUCGAUUUAGCUACAACAAUACUCAAAAAUGCGGCGAAAUCACAUCGCUGGCUCUGUUUGCGCAUGCCUAUUAGCCAGUAAUUAGCAAAGUAAAUCGCCUUAGCGUAUUCGUGUUAGUGGGUAAAUCUAAACCAGAUACACCACACCGUAUUCCUCUUGAUGCAAAUAUCAAGUAUGUAUGUGGUUUUAGCGCCAGUAUUCGGAUUCGUGUGGACGUGGCCCGGGCAACCUUCCAUGUCGAUUCCAUGACACUGCAACUAACAACUAAAAAUGGAUAUCAGUUGUAUUCUUUAACCUUGGAGGAACAGUACCAUAGAAUAAAUCCAAGUACAAAAGAAUUUUAAAUUGAUUGGUGGUUUCUGUGGAGUGAAAUUAAUGUUUUCUGACACGGCUCUAAUACUCCAGUCAAUCGUCUAUCCACAAGAUAGCUAGCUUGAUGCUUGAAAGAAGGAAAGAAAGAAAGUUCUCUUUCAGUUUCCAAGGUCCUGAAUUCUUUAACUCUCUUAGUUUUAAAAUUCGAAAUGUAACAAUUACCGCUUCUUGUUGCUGUAAACUGAAAGCAUUCCUCUUCUUAAUCUCUCCUUUUCAUUUUCAUUUUAUUCUUAGUUUUUUUUUUAAAUUCCUUUCGCUUUUGUUAGCCUAAUUAUGAUUAAUACGAUUAUCUAAUAUAUCUUAAGAUUUACUGUACCUCAGUAAUUGAUAUUUUGUUGUAAUAAUUUAACUGAGGAAGCCCAUUCCUCAUAAGCCCGGUGGCUUCCCUUGGGCUUCCUCGCCUCAUAGUUAUUAGAUCGAGGAGAAUGGUUAUGAAAAGCGACAAACAUCAAUGAUAAAAACAACAGUGCUGCAGUUUAUGUUGGAAGCACGCUGAAAGUGCACAAUCCUUUGUUUUCUGUUGGCAAAAUGUUACGGAAUAAGUUAAUGCAACGUUUUACAUUGGUCAAUACAAUCAUGAAAGGAAUGCUUUUCAACGUUGUGCACUUUCAGGCCCACAAAAAAAAAUAUAACAAAGGAGUCUGACGGGAUUCAUAACCAUUCCACUCAAUUAACUAUGUCGCCAUUAGCUUUUUUAAAUAUUUUGAAUUUUUUUUAUUUUUAUUUUUGUAUAUUAUUAUGGCAAAACAAUAAACUGAAUUUAAACUGAACUUCUUAAAAGCUGCUUUUUUGAAGACUUGCAGUUUUGUAUACCACAAGGCUGACAUAACGCUUUCCAUUGAGACAGCUAAAUUGAAAGAUACUUAAUCUUUUCAUUAACAUUAUCUCAAAUGUUGAAGCCAUUUUUGUUUUCAGAACAGACUUCAUGUAACGACACCCAUGCUUCAUGCAAAGAAUACGCCGACUAUUGUGAAGAUGCAGACACUGGAAUUGCAAUGAGAAACAAUUGCCCUGUAACCUGCGGAAUAUGCGGUAAUUUUUUAUGA